GGCUGCGGAUUGAGGGAAGCUCUCCUCACAGCUGAUCCGAAUGUACUUACUUAUGACCCAAUUGCGAAGGGGUCGGCAUGGGUGGAGAUACACUGAUAUCAUGACCAAGAAUUUCCCUCCCUACCUGCGUAUUAAAUGCUAAUUCGUUAUCAUCAUAUGUCCUGCAGCCAACAAGUCCGUCAAUUCACUUCUGCCGGACCAUUGCGCUGUAGAACGCUUGUAGGGUGGGUAGGUACACUGCAGACCUCCACGGACCACUGUCGUCUUACUUCGCCUGCAACUACUCCUCCCUCUCUCUUCUUCCGUUCCUUUCUCUACGACCAUCGACCUGACAUAUCACCACCUUAUAGACGUCGGAAAGCUGUAUCGUGCCUGGGAAAGGCGCCAAACUCCAGUCAACUAACACCAGCAUCGAGCUUCAGUCCCUCCUUCGCCAGACCCUGGCCCGCCGGCGUUACUACUAUUACCGACGUGUUACUCGCCGAGCUGACGACGAGCUUGCGAACACGACAACACGCGCCGAACGGGCAUCGUCGAACGCCUGGCCAUUCGAGGAUACGACUGAUCGCGCGACGUAAGAGACGUUACAUCGCUUCUUGAGUCCCGAAUAGUGUCACACCUCUAUCCGCGGUUCACCACCCCAGAUCUCAACGGGUCUACACUGGUGAUCUCCACUGCA